AUGUAUCUUCCCUUUCCUAGAUGCAACUGGGUGACAACUAACAGCCAAUCUGGGCAGAGUUCAAACCUCCAUUCGAUCAAAGUACAAAUAAAGGAGGUUCAGAUAAAGUCCGGUACUGUUUCAUUCGAUGGGCCGAGAGUUUAUUUCUGCGCAAAGAAUGGCCUGCUGCUAGAACUCAGUGAGGUUGAGCCUCCAAGGUGGGAGAAUCAUGGCCGACCACCGGGAGCAGAUGUCGCAGCAAUUGCUGAUGCAGGAAGAAUUAGAACAGAAGUAGUAUAUACAAUAAGUUCUGCAGGUGACCUUUAUGAAUAUGAUAAGAGCUCAAGGCCAUCAUGGAAGAAGCAUCUACAGAGUGAAGAAACAGCAAAAGAGGGUUCUCUAGUACUGUUAUGGGGAGCUCGAUACAUGGCUCGAGUGAUCACUGUGUAUCCUUGUUUCUCCUAACAAAGGUACUCUGCACAAAUAAUUCCUAC